CUGAGAAGUAACGCCUCUCUCACCUUACUCUCCAUCACCCUCCCUCCCUUUUUCUCUCUCACAGACUCACUCCAUCUGCUUCAUGAACAUGAGCUGGCUGCUUUCUCUGCCUCUCCGAGCGUCUUUGAGCUGUUUUGACAUAUGCUUUCCUUCUCUGCUUCUUUCUUUUUUCUGUCUUUCCAACAAUCCCAUACCUCUUCCAUACCUCUGUCUCUCUCUGUUUUCCCACCAGGACAGGAAAAGGAGCAGUAGCAGAGAGGACCAGCGAAGAAGACUGACCACAAUAACAGGAAGAGGAAGUGGGCAGUGACCUGUAUGAGACAGGGUUGUGGUUGUACAGCUGCGGUCCAACACUUUCGGCCAGUGGAUGAGAAAACCACAUCAGAGGUGACAGGAAGAAAAAGAGCAAGAGAGACUAGAAACCUGUUGGACUCUCACCUGAGGAAAAACUUCUACAACAGGGCAAUAAAGACAUUUUUGGGAAAAAAUUCCAGUUGGAGAGUUGGAGUGACUGAAAUUUUUUACCUCUUUGAGAAAAUCUAUACAAAGGAAGAGAGUCCUGAAAUUUCUGCAAUAGAGUAAUAUUUCAGCAAUUACCUGCUGAGUGAACUCUUUUUUAUUCUUAAAUUUGUUUGACUCUGAGAGUCUGUCUGUCUGUCUGACUUUAUGAUCUGAUCCACCGUCCAGAAAACAGGAUUUGUACAGAAACCUGGUGAAAAUCAAGCUGAGGGAGAAAUCCCUGUCUGUACAACAACACCUGCUGCAGUCUCCUUCUACAUUGGAAAAACCAGCUGACAAAAAGAAGAGAGCACAAGAGUGAAGAGGAGGCAUAGUUGAAUCAGUAGGUGGUUUUACUCUCACUCUGUUGAGUGUACAGCCACCUACCAGCCACCAAAUUCUCCCACAGCUUGCCAAAUUAGUACAGUUUGACUGAGCGAGACAGCACCUUGAAGGAUUUGGGCUUCAUUUUGUACCAAAACAAAGGUCUGAUCACCAGUAGAGACUCUACUUGAUUUGGAUUCUCCAUCUCAGUGAUGAUGGCUUGGCUUCAGUUGUGGACUACGGGGCUCAUAGCCACUAUGGCCUUAUCCAUCUCUUUCACCAUUGCUGAGGACUCUGGCUUUCCUGUGGUGGAAGGAAAGAAACAAGGCCCAGCUGAGAUUGUGAAGAAGGAGUCCCAUCCUGUCCUGUUCAGGCAGAAGAGAGAGUGGAUCUGGAACUCUCUCUAUGUGGAAGAGGAAAAACCAGCUCCCAACCCCUACAAGAUAGGACAACUGAAAUCGAGCAAGGCGGUGGAGGUGAAGAAGUUUAAAAUAGAAGGUGAAGGUGCAAACACCAUCUUUACUGUGGAUGACAAAGGAGACCUGUUUGUUACCACAUCUCUGGACAGAGAAAAGAAAAAUUUGUACCAUUUGACUGCCAGGAUGUAUGAUGGAAACAACAAGUUGAUAGAGGAUUCUGGAGACUUUGUUGUUCAAGUGACAGAUAUCAACGACAACACCCCUGUUUUUCCCAGAACAUACAAUGGAUCCAUUAUGGAGAGGUCCACAAUAGGAACUAAAGUAGUUGAGGUGAGGGCAACUGACGCUGAUGACCCCACCACUGCUAAUGGAGAGCUCAGGUACUCUUUGACCCAAGAUGGAGAAUAUUCUGCCUUUCAAAUUGACAGCAACACAGGUGUGAUCAGCUGCAAGAUACAAACACUGGACCGGGAAACCAAGAGUCAGUAUGUGGUGGUGGUUAAAGCUCAGGACAUGAGAGGAAUGGCCUCUGGCAGCACAGCCACCACUUCUGUCACCAUCACCAUCACAGACAUCAAUGAUAACAUAGCGUCUUUCACCCGAAAGAUUUAUGAGCUGCAGGUUCCAGAGGACCACAAGUUGAAUGAGAAGAUUGGCAUUCUGGAGUUGGUGGACAGAGAUCAGAUACAGAAUAAAGAGCCCAUCUUCACCAUUCCGGGUGAUAACGGCAACAUGUUCAAUAUUGAACUCAACCGCAACAAAGACGGCAACCUCAUGCUCAAAAAGGCCCUGGACUAUGAGACAACAAACAACUACACUUUUACCGUCCGAGUGCGAGAAGACCUACGUUUUCCUGCUGACAACGAGAACAGGGCUGUCACCACUGCCCAGGUAAACAUCAGGGUGUUAGAUGUAGACGAGCCACCAGUCUUCUCCCAGCCCAUCUACACCUUCACUGUGAUGGAGGAACUGAUUGUGAACAACAUAGGAACAGUCACAGCCAGGGAUCCUGACAGAGCCAACAAGCGCAUACGGUACUCCAUCUUAGACAAAGACUGUCCUAUCAGUAUCAACCCCAUCACAGGUCAGCUGUCCACCCUGAGGAAACUGGACAGAGAGCUGGAGGCCACACACAUGUUUCAAGUUAAAGCACAAGAAGAGCCAAGUGGUUUGGAGUCAUUUGUAAAAGUUAACAUUAUAGUUCAGGACACUAAUGACAACAAGCCUGAACUGGCUGUGGAUGAGAUCUUCGUCUGUGAAAAUGACGUCACUAAUACGGUGAUAGGAACUUUGAGAGCUACAGAUAAAGAUGACCAGCUACCACACUUCAGUUUCAGCCUGGCCAGUGCAAGCUCCAACUUCUCCAUCAAAGACUAUGGCAAUAACACAGCAGACAUCUUAGUGAAACAGGGCCCGUUCAGCCUGGAUGACCCCAAGGAUUACAAUGUGGAUGUGCGCAUCAGUGACGGAGGGCGACCCAUCCAGACUAGUAUUACCAAACUGGCAAUCAAGUCGUGUCGCUGUGAUGCCAGGCGGAUUCCUACACAGUGCAAAGCUGGUGCUCGGAGGAUGUCAGUGAGUGUCCACGCUCUGAUAGCCAUUCUACUCUGCAUUCUGACCAUACUGGUCAUAGUGAUCCUGUUUGUCAUGAGGAAACGCUACCAGAAAGACUCUCUGGCCAGUAUGAAGAACAGUGGGGAGAUCCACGAGCAGCUGGUCACAUAUGAUGAAGAGGGAGGAGGAGAGAUGGACACUAAUGGCUACGAUGUCUCAAUCCUCACUUCUGCUUGCCACGACGGCUCCCUACUUCGCCACUCGGACCGCCACCCACAUCCCUCUCUCUAUGCCAUGGUGCAGAAAACCCCUCAACCAACUGCAUGUAAGGGCGACAUGGCUGCGAUGAUUGAGGUGAAGAAAGACGAGGCAGACCACGACAGAGAUGGCUUCCCCUAUGACACCCUCCACAUCUACGGCUAUGAGGGGCUCGAGUCUCUAGCCGGAAGCCUCAGCUCUCUGGAAAGUUCCUCCACUGCUUCGAACUUGGAUUAUGACUUCCUGAAUGACUGGGGCCCAAGGUUCAGGACCCUGGCUGAGCUGUAUGGAGUGGAUGGACCUGAGUAUUACCAUCAGUACUGAUGGAGAGCGUCUGCUAUGAAACAUACACGAUGCCAAAACACAGACACACACACACACACACACACACACACACACGUAAAACAGCCAUAGAAAUACACCCACACAUUGUCAAAAGCAUGCAGGAAAUAUACACAUUUACACACACAUAGAAUCAUGCUUUCAUCCUGUCCAUUUUGUUUUUGGAUAAGGAGCUCUAGCAGACAACCGGGUUCUCCAAAGACAUCUUUAGCCUCUGAAAACAGAAUCAGGACUCUCUCGUUUCCAGUGUAACAUCAACUAACUUUUAUUAUCAAGAGUAAUUCAGCGAAUCCAUUAGUUUGUUAAGCCUCCCCAGUCUAUUCACCUCCAGUCAGUAUAUAGAGCUUCAUCAAACUCCAGGAAGCUCCAUCAAGUUUGAAUCAAGGUUUUUGGAGAUCUCUCUCAUUUCUCUUCUUUUUGGGUGACAUAUUUCCCUUUGCCUCUACCAAGGAGCUGUUGGAAAGAUUACAAAAGUAACACCAAGACAUGACACCAUUGGAGAAAGGAGAAGGACAACUAAUGCUUCACAGAUUUUCAAGAGGAUUUAAUGUUGGUUACAGUAUGAGAUCCUCAUCAUGAGGAUGUAUUUUAUUCUAUCACGGUGUUGUGAUGUUUCACAUCGCAAUCAAUUUAUUCUACCUGCAAAGAUCUGAAAGUCCAAACAGAUGAAACUCCACUGCAGGCCUUAGCCAAUCAGAGUUCAUCGUGGAUAAUUGAUGGGUUAAUCAGGUCACUGCUGGUCAGCGAUGUUAUUCAGUUAUUCAGAUUCCUUAUGUAUGUUAUGUCACAUUUGAUUCCCGUCUCUCAUAUGCUGUGCCAUUUUGCAUCCCCUUUUCCUCACCAAUGACCAUUUUUACAUGCACGAAAUAUUUCAUGUAAAAGUUUAUAUUCUAAUCUGUUUAUAUCCAGUUUCUUUUAAAAUUACUUCUUUCUAGGCAUAUUCAUCUACAUAUUCACCUACCGAGUAUACAUAUCUCUGCAUUUAGAAAUUAACUACAUUUGAACACCUAAAACAUGGACCAAAACCUACAUUUACCACAAAAGACAACAUUAAGAACUAUGCGUAGUAUCCUGGCUACUGAUGGCAGACAUUUCAGUUGUCAUACUUUGGACUUGUCAUCUAGAUAUGAGCACAUUUUAAGUGAUUCGUAUCAUGAUAUCAGAAUUCUAAUCUAAAUGAAAAUUUCCAAUUUGUUCAUUUCCUUCUUACUGGGGAUGCAAAAUGGUGUAUGUCAAGGAAACUCAUUGUUGAUUCUCCUUUUUCCUGUUCUUUUUGUAAAUUGUAAACCAGUAACUUUGAAGUUAUAUAUAUAUAUAUAUAUAUAUAUAUAUAUAUAUAUAUAUAUAUAUAUAUAGGCCACAAACAUGAUGAGAACGAGGUGAUUUUGGAUUUUUGAUCCAAGAUUGAUGACUUGAUUUGUAAGUAGGAGCACCUCUGAAAAACUGAAAUGGUUCAUCAGUCUGUGAUGUUCAUAGGGUUAUUCUUUGAUAUGCUCAUUUUCUCACAGCAUAUACAUUUCCCUCACUACUAUCUUGUAGCAGGUCCUGACAUGACAUCGUCUUCUGGCCUGUUGUCAACAGAGUGAAUAACAAGUUCAGAUAAGGUGCUUCAAAAGUUCCUAAAUUUAGCAUUGUUACAGUUUUUUAAAAGUGGAAACCUAAAAAAACCUUCAAGAAAUCCCAUUCCCAUUUUGUAUUUUCUGAAACCAACCAUCUGAUAUUAAUGAGGAGUCAUUUUCUAAGUGAGUCAUUUUGUCCAUUUUCCCAAUUAUCUUCUGCUCUGAGGAGAGAAAGAACAAUAGACAGACAGACAGAAAAGGAAAUGGAAGCACUGCUGCUCAGACAGAAUUACAGUGUGUUCCCAGGUUUUAUUUGACAGAACCCAUCAUCACAGUUAUUGUUGAGAUGAAAGGCCAAUUCUCAGAGGCCUACUAGAACAAAAGUCAUUCGGACAACUCAGGAAACACCAAGUGGCAAAAGCAGCUAGUUGGGCAGCUGCGAUGGCUCUGAGGUGGCUUGAAUAACUUUAACCUCUCAUCCUUUUUGGCUACUGUCAGGUCAUACAGUCUCUCUGCAAAAUUUGACAAUCUCUAUCUUUCAUUAUUAACAUAAAAAAAAUGAUUCUGAAACAAAGAUCAGUAAACUGGUCAUACAUAAACCAAGCUUGGACCCCUUUACUGACUUGAAACUAUUUAUUUGUUGUUGGUGCUAUUUCUCAAUAAGGCAAACUUACAAAGGCUUUAUGAUUGAUCAUAGUGGAAGUUGAAGUCUUCAUGUCUCUACAUUAGUAUUGGGAGGUUAUUCGUUUUAGUUGAUAUUAGUCUACAGUUUCUCCAACUUUUACAGCAGUAUUGUCUAUCUAGUUUCCAUUUAAGAGUAAUUUGUUUCAAAAUAUGGAUAUACAAUACUUGUAUACUAUGUUACUUAUAUUUUGGGAAGUGGUUGUGGUAUAAACAGGAUAAUCUACUCAGAACCAUAAAAAGAAUACACUCUGAUUAUAGUCAUUAUUGAUUAAUCCGUGGAUUAUUUUCUUGAAUAGUGACAUCUUCAGUAUGUUGUCUGAUCAGCUGUCCCAAAACUCAAAGAUAUUCAACUAACAUUGAUAGAAAACAGGAAGAAUCUGUGAAAAUUCACAUUUAUUUAGCAGGAACCAGCAGAAUGUUUGCCAUUUUUGCUUCACAAGUGAUUGAGUGAUGAUAAAUCAGUUAAGCAAAAUAGCUGCAAAUUAGUUUUUGUUGAUCAAUUAAUAGAUUGACUGACCAUUUCAGCUCUAUUGUGGGUUAUCCCUCAUUGAGAUAUUUUUCAAAAAUCAUCUCAGUUUCCAGAUCUUUAGCAAUCAUUGGUUGGUGAAUAGUAUAUGCCCUGACAAAGUGGAGGAUACACUGUCUAUUUGCCCUUUAGUAGCUCUUUAGCUAAUUGGGAACAACCACUCCCUGGGACUGUUUGAUCCAUGGCCCUCUGGGAGGAGGGCUCUAGAGCAUCCGGCCAGGAACUAUUUAUCAAUGACUCACUUGUGUUUAAGCGGCUACAGACAUUUUAGUUUAUUUAUAAAUGCAAGGUCUGGAGAUAAAUGAUGGCUUCAGCAGUUACACAGAAAGACAUUUAUAAAGGGAAAAGGUCCCUAGUGUAGUGAUGACUUUAAAAUCAGUUGGCUUGACUGAAUAAUGGUGUAACAAUUUUCAAACAUUAUUGUACCCUGCACUGCUCUGUGGAAAAUGCAGUCACACAGCUUCAUGACAGUUCUAUCGUUUUUAAAUGUCAUUUAAUUCCUUAUAUGGAAUUUAAUUUAUUUACUCUCCUGUUUAUUCUGUUUUGUUUGGUCUUGAACUUGUUUCCUUAAAACUCGGGUCUGCUUGGAAUGCCAUCUGAUAAAUGGUGGAUACAAUAGCUGGAAGCCCUCUCAAUACUUUCCUGUUGGGUUCACAUAUAUACUCAGAGCAGCCUGUUCCUCCACCUCACUCUCAGCCUUUCUCUCAUUCUCCUGCUCUCCUUGUUUGCCUCACUAUAUCUCUCCCCACACUGUCUUUCUCUCUCCAUCCUCUAAUCAGCUAAACCAAACAGUGGACACAACUUCCUGUCCAUCUGGGGAGUUGGCCCGCCCCUUCCUGUCUGUGUUAUCUCUCCCGUGAGCAAACACAUUGUGCUCACUUCCUGUAAGCCUGGCCUGGGAAACAACCUUGGAGAGGAAAAGGUAGCGAGGCAAGGAGAAACAUGUGAUGAGGUUGGGGGGGGGGUUAGCAAGAUGAAGAAAAUGAUGAAUAGAACAAUGUAGAGCAGUGAUGAGUUUUCCAGCUGAGCAGAAACAUUUCAGAGCAAAGAUGUGCGUGAUGAAACUCUGAGACAUUACACAUGUAAGUGUUGUUAACAUCAUGUUACCUUGGCAUCUUCAUGAAGCAACAUUGAUUAAUAAUUUUUUGGAGAUCAACAUAGAUUAACCACAGCUGAAUCUUGAAAUUUAGUUUUAGCCCUUGUUUAUGCCUCUCACUUUAACAGUUUUACAUUUUAUAGGUUUGCACUGAUUAGUACAUUUCAAUCACAAGUAAGUCAUUGUUUUUGAAAACAUAUCCAAAAUAUAGAUGAUUUUUAACUCGUUUUAAAAGCCAUGUCUCCAUUCAUUGAACAAACAAAACUUACUUUCCUGGCUGCCAUCUUUGUUUGAGUCAAAGAACGGAGACUUAUUUUGAGAACUGAGUUAAAAUUGUGCCUCAGUGCACCAUGGAGGAAAUACAUUUUUGUCCUGUCAUUUCAGACCUAUGGCUCUCAAGGAAACAAUAUUUAAGUUAUUUUUUGUAUUUGUGUAUUACCACCAUUAUCUUAAGUACAGAUUGUAUUCUUAAAAACUGGGUAUGUGAAAAAAAACAAACUUUGUUGUUGAAAUCAGCAGCCUGUAGCAGAUAGAGGUGCUCCAUUAUCUUCUCUCCUAACAGCAAUAAGUGUUGGGUGUACUUAGGGUGAGAAAAUCUGAGACAGAUGGGUAAUUUGCCAACAAUUUUAGACACCACUGUUUUCCGCUUUUUUCAGGUCAGCUCAAAAAAACAAAACAAAAAAAACAAAAAAAAAACAAAAACAAAAACAAACAAACCUGCAGUGACAAAAUACAUUUCCACACCCUCUUAAAAAGUUGUUAAUAGAAUGCAAAUUGUGAAACAAGAAAAGGAUUAAUGUUAUUCCUAUUCAAAAUGUCAUAUCUGUUUUUAUUGUCUGUGCUGGCCAGAAAUGAGCUGGACAUAUUGUUUUGGGAAUGAAACUGAGUUUGUUCCUUUUAGCCCAAUGUGUAAAACACAUUCAUACAUUCAUUUCAGUCAUUUAUUUUCUUAUUUUCUUUUCUACACUGACUUGUCAGUUAUUGCAAAACAUUAGUAAAUUCAUUAGGAAUCCUUUAUUGCCUAACACUUUGGGAGUACCUCCAAAAUACUACAAUAAUAAUAAUACACUUUGUAACAGUGAAACCAUUCUGUCAUGUUGCAUUAUUUAGUAUCCCGAGAAGUGCCAUAUUUUAAUUAAUUUUGAUUUGUUGGCCAUCAAUCAUUUGUCUCCUCUAUAAGAUGGUGAAUCACUUUGGAUUCAGACAGUAAAAAUAAAUCUCUCAGGUUGGGGUCCAGGCACAAAAAGAAACAAGUCAUUCACCUUUAUGUCAGCAAACUAACACCCCAUAUGUAUCAAUAUACUGGUUUAAAAAAACAGAUCCAUAGGUGAUUUAACUGUAAUUUCAUCCAUGUAUCCUGUGUGUUACUGAAGGAGCGUACUUUAAGUGAAGUGUACAUAGAAAAAAAAAUGUGCCUAAUAGCGAUUUUUCUCUGGCCUCACCUUGUUUCUUUGUUUUUGCCUCUAUUACUGUAUUUAGAAGACAUUAAACUUAAUACAAUCUCUUUUUAUUGCUGUAAAAAGUAACAAUAGGUUCAUUUUCUACAAAUGAAAGAGAGCAGUAUGUGGUGGACAAAUGACUGCCCGAAAUGAAUAUAUGAUUUUCUGUUUAUGUGUCCAAUUGUGUGUGUAUGUGUGUGCUUGCGAUUAUACUCAUGUACAUACACACAAAUGGGUGUCAAACCAAUAGAAAAUAGCAACCACAUAGAUAGACAUUUUUCCUUGUGUAAAUACAGUAAGGGUCUUCAAGGGAGCAAUAUGUGCCUUUAUUCUUUAAAAAAAAGAAUACUGUAAUUCAUUUUUUGAUGGUGAUCACAAUGUUUUCUAUAUUGUUUUUAUGGUGUAUAGCAACUACUUUUUAUUACCUGACAUUUUUGUAAGUGUAGAAUAAAAAUAAACACUUAAAUAUG